UAACAAAAAACCAAAACACUUUCCCUCUCUAAAAUCUAUCGUCCGUAACAAUCAUUAAUGGUGUGCGGUCUGUACGUCCCAAAAGAAAAGCAAACUUCUCUCUGCUUGGCUUCUUUUUUCAAUACACAAAACCCCAAAAAAUAAAUCCAAAAACUCAAAAACAAAUCAUAUUUCAGAUCCCAAUCUCAAGUUAUCAACUUUUCAUGACCUGGGUCAUAGAGAUUUGAACUUGAAAUCCAUAAUUGGGAUCCCUUUUUCAAAAUUUUCAAGGAAAGUUACUUUCUUUGAAACCAAACAGAGCUUAAAUUUGAGAUGAGACGGAGACCAGUGGACUUUAGGAGGCCAGUAAGGAGGAGGGUAUCAAAUGUGGUGGUGUGGUCAUUGUGUGGUAUAGUUGUGUUGCUGUUUAUAGUUAUUUUUAACAAAGAGAGUCGUAUUGAAUCAAGACCCACAAGCUCUGUUAAGGACUGUACCAAGUAUGUGAAAAACAUUGAAGGUCUAAACAUUACGGAUGAAAUGUUGAGCCCCAACUCAGUCACCAGGCAACUUAGUGACCAAAUUUCUCUUGCAAAAGCUUUUGUUGUGAUCGCCAAAGAAAGUAACAAUAUUCAGUUUGCUUGGGAAUUAAGUGCCCAAAUACGCAAUUCCCAGGUCCUCCUUUCAAGUGUUGCAACAAGGCGAGCUCCUUUAACAACCAGAGAAUCAGAAACUGCAAUCCGUGACAUGGCACUUUUGCUCCUCCACGCCCAGCAACUUCAUUAUGAUAGUGCAACUAUGAUCAUGAGACUGAAAUCCAAGAUCCAAACUCUUGAUGAACAAAUGGCUGCGGUGAGCGAGAAAAGCUCGAAGUAUGGUCAAAUAGCUGCUGAAGAAAUUCCAAAAGGACUUUACUGCCUUGGUAUUCGGUUAACUACUGAAUGGUUUGGAAAUUCAAAUCUACACAGAAGAAUGAAUGAGAGAAUGCACAUUGAGACAAAACUUAGAGAUAACAGUCUCUAUCAUUUCUGUGUCUUCUCUGACAAUAUCCUUGCAACUUCUGUUGUUGUCAAUUCAACUACUUUAAAUUCCAAGAAUCCAGAUAUGGUUGUGUUUCAUCUUGUAACUGAUGAAAUAAACUAUGCCGCCAUGAAGGCUUGGUUUUCUAUGAACACUUUCCGAGGAGUUACCAUUGAGGUGCAGAAGUUUGAAGACUUUAAAUGGCUAAAUGCUUCGUAUGUUCCAGUGCUUAAGCAGCUCCAGGACUCUGAAACUCAAAGCUAUUACUUUUCAGGCCAUAAUAAUGAUGGCCAAACUCCUAUCAAGUUCCGGAACCCAAAAUAUCUAUCCAUGCUUAAUCACCUCAGAUUUUAUAUUCCUGAAGUUUUUCCUGCACUGGAGAAGGUGGUAUUUCUUGAUGAUGAUGUAGUUGUUCAGAAGGAUCUAUCUGGUCUGUUUUCAAUUGAUUUGAACAGCAGUGUUAAUGGAGCAGUUGAGACAUGCAUGGAGACAUUUCACAGAUACCAUAAGUACCUGAACUACUCUCACCCUCUUAUUAGAGAACAUUUUGAUCCUGAUGCAUGUGGUUGGGCGUUUGGAAUGAACGUUUUCGAUUUGGUUGAGUGGAGAAAGCGAAAUGUAACUGAAAUCUACCACUACUGGCAAGAAAAGAAUGUGGAUCGGACACUAUGGAAACUUGGGACGCUACCGCCUGGACUUUUGACUUUCUAUGGGUUGACAGAACCUUUAGAUCCCUCAUGGCAUGUGUUGGGAUUGGGCUAUACAAAUGUUGAUCCUCACUUGAUAGAGAAAGGGGCUGUGUUGCACUUCAAUGGAAACUCCAAGCCAUGGUUGAAAAUUGGGAUGGAAAAAUACAAGUCUCUCUGGGAAAAGUACGUAGACUAUAGUCAUCCUUUAUUACAACAGUGCAAUUUUCAUUGAUUUUGGACAUGGAAACUUCAUAUCAUAUUUUCCGGGUGCUUAAGAACAUCUAAAUUUUGUAGAUCAAGUAUGCUUGCACAAUUUUCACAGGACCAACCGUGGCUGUUGGUUGUAAAAGUGCCUGAUGUAGUACAGAAUGUUAAUUUAACAUCAAUUGAUCAAUAAUUACUGCCUAUUGCCCAACAA